AUGGGGGAAGCAAAAAUUUUAGUUGAGGUUGAGCUAGACAAACCGUUCCCAAAGCUAAUUGCUCUUGAUGACAAAAAAGGCAAUAUUUACUUGGUAGAUGUGGAGUAUUCUUGGAUUCCUAGCGCGUGUGAAAGAUGUGGAGCACUUGGCCAUAGAGAGAAGAGGUGUUUACUUCCUCCAAAGCCACUUGGAUCUGCUGUUAUUAUAAAAGAAACUCCUAGUCCAAAUGAAGAGAUCCCAAUGGUGAAUAUAGGAUUGUUGCAAAACACCCCUAGUCCACAUGUCAACCACUUGGAACCAAACUUGCAAUCACCUUCUGGCCACCAAGCACAUGAGACUCCAAAAAACUUGUUUGUCACUACUCCUUCUGAGGAUGUAACUUCUGGUCCGAUCACACACUCACAUGAGGUACACUCUACCUCUUGUUUAAAGAUUGAUGAUACUUUACCUAUGUUAGCAGCCACAAUCACUGCGCCCUCUCAGACACAAAUUAUGGAAGAAAUUCCAUCACAAGUUAACAUUUUCGAAGCCGCCCAUGCUUCUGAAAAUGAGCAACCAGUUGGUCCUCUCUCGCCUCUCACUCCUAACCAUCAUCAUUUCCACAUGGAGCCGGAGACUCCUCUUGCUUAUGGAAAAGAAACUGGUUUAGACGUGGUUGGAAAAACCUCUAGUUAUAACUUAACUAGAGGAGGAAGACCAAUAAAACCAACACAAAAGGUUCAAGAAAUGGAAUGGACAAAUGUUAGAGGAAAGGGUAAAAAAGGUCGACGUGGCCGAGGAAACCAUUUCCACUAG